GAGUGUCAACAUCUGCGGGGUCUCGGCCGGCCUGCUCGGUUCUCGCGUGUAAAUGGUUAAUAACUGUUUACAUCAGCGUUGAUUCUCAAUUUGAAAUGAAUUACUUAUCUUACGGUACGCGCCAUGAGGCCUCAACGGAGGCAGUCCUGGCGGCGCUUCGAGAAAGCAGUAAAGGAAAGCUAGUCUACGAAAAUCACUGGCCUUCGAAAAAUUAUUGGAAGGACGUUCUUCCAAGCAAACCCGUGCUGCACUUCGACGCGAGGCUGUUGCCGACACUCUUUCAAUAUGACGCCGAACGGAAAGAUACCGUUGACGGUCUUGAAUCGCUGGACGUCACUCCGAGCGACCAAAGUUCCGGCGAGUUGGCCUCGGACGCGCAAUCGCCGAAAAGCGACGACGCGCAGGACCUGUAUGCGUACGUGAGUGGCUCGGACUUCGACGUCUCCAUACACCAGUACGAGGAAGAAAGACUCAACAGCGUCAGGGAGGCGAUGCGGAAGCGGAUUGCUCAGUAUGAGCAGCACAACCACCGCUGGGAGGAGCAGGCCAAAAAGCACCUCAUGCUGAUUGAGCAGAACCAGACACUAGAGUACCAGAUGCAGUUGGACAGGCUCAACCAGGAGUACCUCGAAGGGCUACGAGAGCUUGCAGAGAAAAGUCAAAAGGCACGGGAGCAUCACCAAAGCCACGUGCGGCACCUGAGGAACAAAAUUAAGGAAGCUGAGCUGAGACAAAAGCAGGAGGAAGAGGAAGAGAAGAAAAGGGAGGCCGAGUCAAAGCAGCGAGCGGAGUCCCUGCGCUGCCAGUGCAAGGAGAUGGAGUCCACGUUGGCAUCGGUGCGAAAGGCCCUCGGGGAGUGCGCGUUCGCCUCAUUCCUCGCGACACCCGUCGACGAGCACCGGGGCCUGCUGGACCGCAUGGCCCGGCAGGUGGCAGCCUUUGGCGCGCUCACCGCUGUCUCGCGAGAGGACCUCCGCCGCGUCCUGGACUUUGCCACCCAGCUCAACACCCUGGUCCACUCAGUCGUUGCCGACGUUGAGCAAGCCACCAAGAAAGGAAUGGCACUGCAGAAGCAGGAGCAGCCGAAGGCCGUUGAAAAUACGACCAAUGACGUCGAGACGCGCGUUCAGGAAGCAGGCCACAAUACUCAGUCGCCAGAACCAUCGCCAGCUGCAGGAAGUAUGGGCCGUGUGGAGACCAGCCAGCUGAAAAGGCACGCCGACAUUUUGGACAGACUGGAACAGUGGCAGGCCUCUUACAAGGAGCUCACCCAGGACAAAGCACAAAAGAAGUACUGCUUUGACCUUCUGAAGGCAGUCACAAUUCCUGUGAAUGCAUUAUCCACUUCGAGCUCGAUAACGGAAAAGUUGGAGCAGCUGAGCGCCGUGCUCUCGGGCAAGUCCUUCAAGGCGGGUCCUCGCACGAUCUCCACCAGCUCCCAUCCACUGGCACUGCGUUUCUGCCUCGACAAGCUUGCCGAGAAGAUUGUGCUGCAAGGUGAAGAGCAGAUUGUGUCCAAUGAAGAGACUGCCUUUCCCGUGGCGGCACUGGCAGUGGGCCUCUGGUGCCGCUACCCCGACCUGGGCGACCUUCUGCUGGGACACUUCUACAUGCGCUGCCCUGCUCUGGUGCCCGUCUUCUUCAGCCGCAGUAUGGCCGCCUCGGAGAGUGAAUACCUCAGGUUGUGUGGCUACAAGUGCACCGAAAACAACCUGGAGACAGAGAGCCAGUUCCUGAGGCGCAUUACGGGCCUCAUGCGCCUGUAUGCUGCCCUGCUGCAAACACCACUGCCCCCGUGGCACAAGCCUGCAGACGGCGACAGGUCACGCCAGCCGCCGGGGUCGGAGCGUGGCUGGCAGUGGCUGGCAAUGUUCCUGAACACGCCGACUGAGGACCCCGACUUUGCAGCCACGCUGAUCUGCACUUUCCUGGAGGUGGCCGGCUGGGCGCUGGCACGGGACUACGGCCGCCAGUUCCGCAAGGUCCUGCACGUGCUCUGCAAGGACUACUUUCCGCGUCUCAAGCAACUCGUGAAGACGUCGAGCGGCCCCAUUUCGCGGCUGGAAGCGUUGCUGCAACAGGUGCUCCGCAAGGGACACUUGGCUCGGCCGGAGGGUAGCCUCGGAGCCCAAGCAUGGAAGUGAGCCAAAGCUGCCAGGCGUAGACUUCCAAAGGCUACGUGAGGGGUGCCUCCAGUGUCGCCCUUGACCGACAGGAUCAAAGUCUGUCCCCCAAGUCCACCUCUCCUGUCAUUUGUCCUACUGCUGUAUGACAACGGCAAGACACACAUGCAAAAGCUAACUUGCUGCCUCUUAUUAUUGGUGCAUAAGCUGUGACUGUGGUAAAUUGCUGCCAGAUGGUAGGACCAAUUUUAAGUGUUGUGACCACUGCUUCGACGUUAAAAGUUUUGUCUGGCCGGUACUGUAAUCGUACACCUUCCACUACAGAGUAGUGGGUAUGACCAGCAUCUUGGCACAUUUUACCUGAUGCAUUCGACAAGAAUUCUGCGCGCAUCA